AUGUGUAAUGGCCCUAUUCCCACGGAAGGGCUGGUUGGCUUUUUGUCCAACGCAUUAACGGAUGGAACUGAUGCUGGGAAAAUAUGGAACGACGAGUACCUCGGCGUGAACGCAACGGUGAAGAAUGGGGCGGCAGGCGAGCAGGCGUGGGGCGUGGGGUUCAAAGGCGCUGGGGCGGGGGCGGAGUGGCCGGUGGGCAGCAAGGGGCAGAACCAGCCGUACUACUUUGCGAACAACAAGUUCACUCUUGUGGCGACGGUGGCGAUCCACGCGGUGCCGGAGGAGGACACUCCUUUGAUGGGUGCAAGGAUGAACGACGAUUCCAACAGUGUUCUAUUUGAGCUGUCGUACACAAGUGCAAGGAAGUGGAGCUUCAAACUUCAUAAUGUUGAUACUAAAGCGGAUAUUAAUUUUAAGUGGGCACUCAACAAAACGUCGCAGGUGAUACUGCAAAUGAAUUGGAAUCAGUGGUCUGUCUACGUCGAUGGAGUUGCGUUUUACGAAGGGGCCCAUGACGGCACGUUGUUUGAUUCACACCGGAUAUCGCACUUUUUUGUUGGGGGCGACAAGAACAAAGUUGGGGUUAGCAACCACCAUGUGACGGUGUUCAACGUUCUGCUGUACAACCGGUUGCUUGCUAACUAUGCUGAGGUGAAUAUGCUCGAUGCCAGCAAGGUCGCAAUUCCACAGCUGGGCGCGACGAAGCCAGUCAUGACGCCGCAGGGUCCGCCAACGACCGGCGGUGGUGGUGGGGAGACUGCUCCCGUGAUGAAACCUGCAAGCACCGGGGAUAACGCUCCGGUGCCUGCGGGGCCCCCACAACCACCGCCGCCGUCGAGUGGUGAGAAGGACGGAGAAGCUGCGAAGGAGCAAACAAACGAUAACGCAGCAGGUGCCGCUCCACCAGGCGCUGGCGCCGCAGCAAGCGGAGCUGCAAACCCCAGUGGGAACCACACGCCUGGCCUCGGAGCGGAGGCCGCUGCACCUGAAGCGGCGGUGGCCCCAGGCGGCAGCUCUGCUGCAAACAAUGACGCCGGGCAGGCUCCCGCGAAGGACACAAGCGACAUUUCUCCGCCUGGCGCAGUUGGGGUGUCUAAUGGAGACAAUAAGAAGGCGUCGCAGGGAGCCGACAACGCCGUGGGUGGGUGUGUGCCUCAUGUAGUGCUGCUGGCCCUGCUGGGGCUGUGGGGCAUUGCCGCCCUCUCCGCUGCGUAA